CCCCAACGCGGAUCACCACAAAGUCGGCAUCGUGCCUUGAGUGAGCCUUUUCCAGGUGUCAGGAUGAAGAGAUUAACUUGGGGUGACACUCUGGCUGCCAACUGGCCCCAGAUAAGAUAAGGGUGGAGAUCAGCGCAAUAAAUAGGCCCCAACCUCACUCUUGGCCCAGGCCACCGUUGGCUGAGGUCAUACCUAACCUCACAAGCAGCAUGGCUCUGCACCUGUGGAUGGUCACCCUGACCUUGGCUGCCUUCCUUGCCAUGGACAGGGGGGUGCAGGUGGGAGCACAGAGGAGAAUUUCCCCAAAAAUGCCCAUCUGUGAGCACAUGGCAGAGUCUCCAAAGUGUCCCCAGACACCUAAACCGAUCUGCGGCACGGACGGGGUGACAUAUAGAAAUGAAUGCCAUCUCUGCGUGACCCGGAUAAAAACCCAACAGGACAUCCAGAUCAAGAAGGAUGGCAAGUGUUGAACCCAGAGGUGCACUCAAGCCGUGCAACCUCGAGCUGGAGAACGUGAUGCUCCAGAGGCUAUGGUGGGAAAUAAAAGAUGCAGCCCAA